ACUGCAACGACCAACAGAUCCACAGCGGUGCCGGCGAACCUGCCACCGAUGCUUCCUUGGUUGGCCCCCGCUUUGCCGGUAGCGGUGCUCACAGCGCUGGUGGCCACCAAUGUAGCGCAGAAUGGGCGGGCUGAGCAUCCAGCACCAGUGCUUUCCACCGCGGAAGAUGUUUUGAAGCUGAAAAGCAAAGCUGACUUUGUCGCAGCCUGGCGUGCUGGCAGUAUGCCGACCAAGUACCAGGGUGUGCGCUACAAAGGAUACCUCCUCUCUCUGGGCAUUUUGGCUCCCAUGUCCGCCUUCAUCACCAACGUCCUCUUUGGCCCGUUGGCCAAAUGGCGGGGUAAGAGCAUGGACAGCAGCGGCCACUUUGGCAAGAACCGCUUUGCGGGCCUCCCAGACACGCGCGGCUUCCGCGUGAAAGCAGAGACCUCGCAGCUGGAUGGACGUGAGGCGUUGGUCUUGGACUACAGCCACGCCAGGCAUGGUGACCCGCUUUGGGGCCGUGUGCUUUUCAUGCGCGAUGAACUGCGGCAAGGGCCGGCGCCCGGCGUGUUGCUGGGUUUGGGCGCCAUGGGCGCAACAGGUGGGAUGUGGAACUGCGCACCCUUUGUGCUGGUGCCAGAGAUGCCCGAGGUCUCUGACAAUCCCAGAUGAGGUGAGAGAUUCGGAGGUGAGAGAUUCACCCUCUACCUGUAGAGUGGCUCAGAUAAUCUUCAUGCCUUUUGCAUCCUUUUGCCACGACGAGCUUUGUCUUGUAGAACCCAUUUUGAGAGAAUAAGGAAAGUUCUACCUCACUCCAUUGAUUUCAGCCUCACUUGAGCCAAUCAAAGCUGUUGGGCCGAAAAACAUGAGCGAAUUGGAGCUGUGGAGAUAUGUACCAUGUACCUCUCAAACAAGAAAUGUGUUUGACUAUCUACUAUCAACGAGUACUUACCUUGACCGGAGCUGAAUCAGCCCCCCAAAAACGCUCUACUACUUGGGAAUUGAGCCGAGAUUCUUGAAGGAUGGCGGUAGUAUACUCUCAGAUAGAUUAGUCGCAUCGUAUAAAACAAUGAAAUAAUUGUGUAUGAAAUCAAAACAUUAUUCAAACACCAAAACGCCUUGUAAACAGGAACCUGAUGUGACCCUGAUGUGACCCCGUCACAUCGGGCCCCCCUUGCAGAUUAGCAGUUGUCCAGAUGACUAUUGGUGACAGUAGCCGAGAAUACAGUACAAUACGUUUUGGUCAACUGUUUUGCAAGAUGUUACGUUGUUGGAUGAUGGAUUUGAAUCAAGUGCACAGAUGAGCAGCUAGCAUACUCUCUCUCUCUCUCUCAGCCGUUGCUCUUGAGGAUGAUGUUUGUUGCUUGCAAGUGAGAAGCGGUUUGCUUCUUCCAUCCUGCAGCUUUCAGGCUCCCGAAGCUAUAGGCUAUAGGUCCCCCAUUCUCCACGCUUUCCCCAAUGGAUGUCGUGCCGGACGUGGACUUCUCCGUCUUUGGGGCAGCUGCCUUAGACGCCGAGCCGUUCCAGGCGACGGAGGAGCAGCAGGCCGUGGGCGAGCAGCUGCGAGAGAUCUUACGAGGCCACGGCUUCGUGUACGCCUUCGGCCUCCUCUCCUCAGCCGAGAUCGCCGAGGCCUUCCACGGCGCCAAGGGCUUCUGGGCGCCGGACGUGGACCGUGCGGCGCUGCCGCGGCUGACGCCCGAGACCAACGUAGGCUAUGGCGGCCUGGGCAAUGAGGCCUUGAACGCUCGGCGCCAGGCUGACUUGAAAGAGGCCUUCAACUUGCGCAAAGUCAGCUUGACAGAUGGGUCCUUACCAGCGGUGAAGGACUUCCCCAGCUACUGCCAGAGGACCUGGGCGUUGACGUCGCUUGCAGCGCAGCGAGCCUUGUUGGCCUUUGGCGUGGCGCUGCAGCUGGAGGAUCCCAAGCACUUCGCACGCAGCGUGGUCCAGUGGGACCUUUGCACCAUGCGAUUGCUGCACUACCCACCAGGCAUUGCCCACUGCGACGAGGGAAGCGGCUCCGCGAUCGCGUGUGGCGAGCACACGGACUUUGGGGCGGUGACCGUACUGUUGGUCGAGGAUGGCGUGCGGGGCUUGGAAGUGCGCACCCCUGAUGGCAAGUGGAUCUCGGCUCCGGGCAAGGAGGGCGCUGUGGUGUUGAAUACGGGUGCCAUGCUGGCGCGCUGGUGUAAUGACUUUGUCAAGGCCACACCUCACAGGGUCAUCUCCACUGAGGAGGAUCGCUACAGCAUCGUCUUUUUUUGUGAUCCCGACCGCGGUGAAGUCCUGGAUCCUUUGCCCGGGUUCACGCGUGUUGAUGCGAAGAAGUACGGGCCCAUCACCGCCGAGGAAUAUCUGCGCCAAUGCCUCAAUGGGUCUCUGAAAGGACAGGUCAGUGAAGAAGCCAAGAAGUCCUUGGAGAUCUGAGCAAAGAAGAUUUUGUUGGGCUCCUCGUCGUGGAUGCUGAAUCAUAUCACCCUGAGAUCCUCAGAUGCCUUUAUUGGUAUUGCUGAGUCAAUUGGAUUCAGAGUUGUGUCUCGG